AUGAUCCGCACCGCACUCCCACGCUCAGCACUGCUCCAGCCGCCACAGCAAGCAGGCUGCUCGUGCGCCCGCCAAGCCUCGCACCUCCCCGCCGCCUCGCACCAGCUCUCGACCUCGUCCGCCCCUCCGCCUCCUUCCGCCUCGCCUCUCGCCUCCUCCUCCUCGCUCUACGCCCAGCAGCCCUCGACUCACGCACUCGCCAACCCAGACGCGGCGUGGCACGACCCCGUCUUUCUCAAAAAGUACCGCGACCCGGCUAGGCAUGACGUCUUUGUCCCCUCGAGGCGGGCGCUCGAGACCGUGGCCAGGUCGGGUGGGAGCGGGGCGCGAGACGUCUCCUCCGCCACCGUGAAGGGGAAGAGCGUCGAGGCGGCGUCGGGCGGGGGGAAGAACCAACGCUCGCGGCGGAACCGCCUCGAGAUGGAAGCCCUCUGGUCCGGCGGUGACUUUUCCCCUCCGAUCCCGCUCGAGUCGUACCGCGCUCAGACGACCCGUCCGCGGCACGCCUUGCUCUUCCCCGGCUCGGGGUCGCAGUACGUCGGCAUGCACCACUACCUCCGCGACAAGCAGCCUGCACGGGACGUCUGGGACGAGGCGGAGACUGCCCUUGCUGGGUUCGAGCAGUGGAGGAAGAGUCUGGGGCUGCACGAGCUCGAAGGCGAGGCGGGCGUGUUGGGGCGGAUGUUGGACGAGACCGAGGCCGAAAGGAGGAAAGAGUCGGGGUUGAAGGAGGUCGUGUUUGAAGGACCGCAGGACGAGUUGACGCGCUCGUCGAACGCUCAGCCGGCGAUCCUCAUCACGUCCAUCUCGCUCCUGCGGACGCUCGAGCGCGAAUACAGCCUUCCGAUCGCACGCACGGCCUCGCUCAUCCUCGGCCACUCGUCGGGCGAAUACUCGGCCGCAGUCGCAACCGGCGCCCUCUCCCUCUGCGACGGCGUGCGCCUCACGCGCCUUCACGGCCUCCUCACGCACUACGCCCUCUCGCUCCCCUCUAUCGGCCUCUCACCCGACUUUGACGCGCCUCCCUCCCGUCGAGGACAGAUGUCCGCGCUCGUCCUGAACCCGGGCCACUCACACGCCGAGAUCUCGGACGUGAUUCGCCGCGUGAGGGCGGAACGAUCGGGACGCGAGGGAGCAGAGGGCACGGUCGAAGUGGCGAGUUUCAACUCGACUACGCAGGUGGUCCUGGCGGGAACGAGGGAGGGGAUCAUGAAGGCUAGUGAGGAGUUGAGGGAGUUGGAGAUUGCGAGUCGGGCGGCGGAUUUGCCGGUCUCCGCCCCGUUCCACUGCUCCUUCAUGGCCCCCGCCGCCUCAGGGAUGGAACACGCCCUCUCCUCCCCCUCAAUCCGACUCCGCACGCCCUCCUCCCCCCUCGUCUCAGGCCUCGACGCAAGCCUAAUCACGACCCCCUCCUCACUCGUCUCGAACCUCGUCGCUCAGAUCUCCCUCCCCGUCAGAUGGAGCUCUUGUCUCGCGAGUCUGCCGGCGAAGCAUGGAGUGAGGAGGAUGGUCUUCCUUGGACCGGGGCAGGCGUUGGCGAAUCUUGCGAGGAGGGACGCCAAGGCUCUCAAGGAGGCUCGCGCGGGGGCGGACAAGGAGGGAGAAGAGACCGAGGUGGUUAGUGUCGCGACCGAGGCGGAUAUGGACAGGUUGAGGGAUAUGUGGGAGGAGGAGGAUGGGCAGUAG